AUGUCUUCUCAACUUAAUCGAUACUGGAUACCCAAUCUUGAUAUCAACAAGAGAGUUAUCAACAAGGAGAUUCAAUACUAUCUGGGACCAGAAUCCACGCUAAGGCCAUAUACACGAGACGGAGAAGAUGGAUAUCUGAUUAGCACGCCAGGAGAGUGCUUGACGGAUGAACAGAUAGAUGAUAUCUGUAUCAAGUCGAAGGAGCUCUGGGAAAAGCAGGCAGCGGCUCGAGCCAAGAAAGAGUCAGACAAGCAACUAAAGCGGCCUCUGCACCAGCCAGUCGUCAUUUCAAGAGGCUCAAAGCCCGGUUCCUCAAGACUCUAUCGUCCAAAUCAUAGAACUUCUUGA